AUGUCGCCAACCAGCCCGCGGAAGUCAAUCGACAGCCUGGCGUCUGGGGCGUCAACGCCAUCGCUGUCUCACACUCCGACAGCCCAGCUCGAGUCUCCGCGCAUCCCGCCGCAACGAUACCCCCUGAGGCGGGGAUCAACUGCCAGCUCCAUUGUGAGCAUUGGAGGCGUCCUAGACUCUUCACUCAAUAAUGGCUCAAUCGCGGAGUCCGAGCAGAAUGCCAUUUCGACCCUCCUCCAACCCCCGAUCGUCCGCACCGGUUUGAUGCCCCAUAAUUCCGCGCCAUCGAUGGGAUAUAAGCCACCGUCUUCUCGCGACAUCCCCCCAGUCACCCUGACCAACAUCUCCCACGUGGACUCGAAAGCCUUCCAACCGUAUCUCUCGCAGGUGGGCUCGCUGUACGAUGUUUUCCAACAAGCAAAGGAAGGCUCCGCAGAGGAAACAACUUUGGCGCGGGGAGCUAAAUCCCCGAAACCGGAGGAUGUUGGCUCGUUAAUGCCUUGGUCGCCGGAGCGAAGGUCUUCAUUAAUGUCGGUUUCCUCACGUCCGAGCUCACCAUAUGACCGAGGGGGGCGACGCACAUCAAGCGGCAGUGGCCGCGGCCGCGGCCCUGCAGUGACUCCUCUAUCGACAAUUCCCCCUCUCUACUUUGAGGAGGAUUUUCGUCUGGAGAACCCUCGCACGUUUGACGUGGUCUCCGAGAAGUCAGACGUGGUGCGACCACCAAGGCCCCCGACUAAAGAUGAGAAGCAUGCAAACGGAUCUGUUGUGGAGCCCGCCCAAACUGGCAGGAAAGCGCUAGCGACCAAUGCCAUUCUGCAGGAGAAGCUCUCAUGGUACAUGGAUACCGUGGAGAUCCACCUCAUUUCCUCAAUCUCGACGGCAUCAAAAUCCUUCUUUACUGCGUUGGGCUCGCUCCGAGAAUUGCACGCAGAAGCGGCUGAUUCGGUGAAACGUAUCCAAGUCCUGAGAAAGGAUCUGCAGAAAAUCGACAAGGAAAUGGCACUGGGCGGACUCAAGAUCGUCAACCUUCGACGGCGACGAGAGAAUGUGCGAAUGUUGGCAGCCGCCGUGGCGCAGCUGCGAGAUGUAGUGGAAUCGGUCUCCCGCUGCGAGGACCUAGUUGAGCAAGGAGAGAUUGAACAAGCUGCUGACGGCCUCGAGGAGGUUGAGAAGUUAAUGUCUGGCGAAAAGGUGUCCGAUCAGCUUGCUGGAGACGUCGAGGACCCUGACAUUCCACGGCGGCGUAUUGAUCUCCGAGGAAUCAAGGCUCUGGAGGGAGCAUCGGACGACCUUGACACACUGCGGCAACGCAUUGGCAUAGGGUAUGAGACCCGAUUUUUGGAUGAUCUUCUGGGCGAUUUGCGACAACACGUCCAGCAUGUGGCGUCCGACGUGACCUUGCAACGCUGGGGAGCUUCGUUCCAACGGCAACGGGGCUUGCACCGCGCUGCAGCUUCGAUUUCUCCUGCCUACAUGAAUUUCGAUAAGGAGCUGCGAUCCCGAUUGCAUACACACCUGAAUGGGCUUGCGCGUGCGCGUUACACCACGCCGGCCGCUACCUCGUUCAAAACUGCAGUGCUGCGCGAGAUGAAGGCACUUAUUCGCAAACACCUGCCCAGCUCUAGCGACGACGAUACCGAGUCCAUGAGAUCGAUGGUGUCGGUAUCUACGCAAGGUGGUAGCCGACAACAAAGCCAGCAGGAAAAGUCAAGCAUUCUUGCACGUAACCUCCGCGCCCUUGAUGCCGAUGAUGCUUAUGCGAUGCUGGUCGGUGUCUAUUCGGGUAUCAGCGAGGCCCUCAGGCGACUCAGUGUUCAAGUCAAGAUCCUUCUUGAUAUUGCCAGCGGCCUUGGAGAACCAACCACGCCUAAUAUCAAGUCGCCGCCCCGAAGUCCUAACACUCAGAGCAUUGAUCAAAACGUGAAGUUUCCAGAGCCUGGGUCAGCGGCUUCGGCUAUGGCCCAAGAUGAGAUCUUGCAGGUUUUGGACAUGUCAAGUCUUCUUGGCCAAGCGGUAGACAUUGCCCAAUCCCAAAUUACAAAGGUGUUGAAAGUUCGGUCGGAACAAACUGCCCAACUUUCGAAGGAGGAAUUCCUGAGAUACUUCACACUCAAUCGCCUCUUUGCAGACGAAUGCGAGGCAAUCUCCGGACGAAGUGGUACGGCACUGAAGACCAUUGUGGGAAACCAGAUCAAGGAUUUCAUCAGUCGAUUUGGAGAAGGCCAAAGACAUCGUAUUGUCAAAGUCAUGGAUGCAGACCGGUGGGACGCGCGAGACUUUGGAGAUUCCGAAACCACCAUCUUGACCCGGAUCCUGGAUGCAAGCACCAAAGAUAUCGACGCGUGGACUGGUAUCUCCAAGAUCUGGCUUCCCGGCAGCGAGAACGGUUCAGUGCCUACAGUUGAAGUAGAUGCAACAACGAACGGAUCUAGCAAGGAGAAGAUCCGCAGUGCUGUGAUCGACGAGCAGAAGUACAUACUGCCUGACUCGGCUAUGGCGAUCAUGCGCAGCAUCGAAGAGUUCGAGUAUCUCAUGGCGAACAUCCCCAACAUGAUCCAGGAGAUCGCCCCGCAACUACUGGAGAUUCUCAAGCUUUUCAACUCGCGAUCUUCCCAGCUAAUUCUCGGUGCCGGCGCCACGCGCAGCGCUGGCCUAAAGAAUAUCACAACGAAGCAUCUCGCCUUGUCUUCGCAGGCAUUAAGCUUUGUCAUCGCGCUCGUGCCAUAUGUGCGCGAGUUCGUCCGUCGUCAUGGGCAGGCAAACCACAUGAUGGCCGAAUUUGACAAGGUCAAGCGACUGUGUCAGGACCACCAGACCGGCAUCCACGAGAAGUUGGUGGAUAUCAUGAGCUCACGCUCUACAGUCCACGUCACCGCCAUGAAGAAGAUCGACUGGGAUUCCAGCGGCACGUCCACUGCCGUUCACCCUUACAUGGAGACUCUGGCCAAGGAGACGGGCACCUUGCAUCGUGUUUUGAGUAAACACCUUCCUGACAUGAGCGUCGAGAUGAUCAUGGGACCAGUCUUCAACAGCUAUCGGGAGCAAUGGACCCAAGCCUUUGAGGACGCGAGCGUCGAGACAGAAGCCGGCAAAAAGAGGAUGCAAACCGAUGUUGAGCACUUCCGAAGCAAGCUGGGCAAGAUCAGCGGCGCUGGCGAUCUUGGCGACCAGCUUCUCGAGCUCGUCAAUGCAAAGACAAUUGCUUCCGGCGAGUCUGAGAAGUCUGAGCCGGCAAGCGAGAAACCAGAGGAGGGCUCCAAAUCACCGGAGUCUUCAUAA